AUGGCCGAAGCCAUCGGCCUCGUCGCGAACGUUAUCGCUGUAAUCCAAAUUUCCGAAACCGUUAUCAAGGUCUGCAAAUUCUACAUCGAAAGUUUACAUGAUGCGCCAUCAGACCUUCGUGCGAUGCUCAUAGAAGUAUCGACCUUGAAAACUAUCUUGGAGAACUUGCAGUUUCUUCUCACGUGUGGAAUUGGAGUUGGAUUGUCAAAGGUGCUUAACACGUACAAUUUAUUUGGUGUCGAUGGCCCAAUUGAAGGGUGCAAGAAGACGGUUGAAAAGAUAGAAGGGCUAUUCCCAGCUCCAACGAGCGGCAGCUCCAAGGUUAGGAGUGCGUUUGCGGCUUUGGCUUGGCCUCUGAAAGAAAGCAAGGCGAGAAAACUUCUUACGGACUUGGUCCAAUAUAAGACGACGAUCAGUUUGGCGAUCACUACGGACUCUAGUCAAGAUAUCAAAGAGAUCAAGAAAAUGACGACAGAACUGCACACAAUCCUCACAGAAAGUCAGCGGAAUGAAAUAUACAAGUGGCUCGGUGUCACUGACCCGUCUCCUCUGCAUCACCGAGCUGUGAAACAAUUCGAACCCCAGACCGGUGAUUGGAUGUUGCGGUCCCCUGAAUGGAGAGACUGGAUCGACGGCCGAAAUCGAUGCCUAUGGAUACACGGAAUUCCCGGAGCUGGAAAGACUGUCCUAGCCUCACAUCUCAUCGAAAACAUCAAGGGUCUCUGCGAGAAUAGAGGCAGUAGAAGGUGUGCUUACGCCUACUACUAUUGUUACUUCGGCCACAAUCAGGACGAAGCAGCGCCAUUUCUACGUUGGACUCUAAAUCGCCUGUGUCGCGAGGCUGAAACAAUUCCUGCGUGUAUCUACAAAAUUUUCAAAAAAGGUGAACAGCCAAGCGUUGUGGAUCUCCUAAACGCUUUAGAAUCAGUUCUGGAUGAAUUUGAUACGGUGUACCUCUUUACGGACGCGAUCGAUGAGAGUAUGCCUCGAGAGGACCUUCUUAAGAUCCUUCGCGAUCUUUCAACCGACCCCAGAUUUAAGAAGAUCCAGCUACUAGCAAUGAGCAGGCAGUACAUUGACAUCGAAGGGACCAUGCAGAACAUCUCAGUACCGGUAUCCAUGUCAAACCCACUCCUCGAUGAAGAUAUACGAUUGUUCCGCUGGGCCGUUUGUCAGAUUGAUGCGCUGCAACGCCUGAAACCUGAAAGCCGGAUCAUAAGAAAUGCUCUCCAAAACCUGCCUAGGACGCUGGACGAAACGUACGAAAGAAUAUUCACGGCCAUACCACACGAAGAUCGCAUUUUCCUUCGUCUUGCGCUGCAAUGGAUCUGGUUUCAAGGAUGGUUAUACGACGAUAACAUUUCCAUUCCCUUACUUCUACAAGCUAUCGAACACAGCAUGCCGGAAUCCGAUCCUUCAGACAUGGAACUCUGUUACGAUCAAGAAGUACUCCGCGAGAUUUGCGGAUGUCUGAUUAUGGUGACGGAAUCGAAAAAGUUUUUUGACACUGUGUCAUUUGCACAUUACACUGUUAAGGAGUUUUUGGAAUCCCCCCGGAUUCUAACAUCCCCCGCCAACGUCUUCGCUAUAAAGGAAAAACACACAAGCCUUGAAUUGAUGCGGACCACACUGCUUGAGGUAACACAAAACCCGGAGUAUGAUACAUGGGAUCCCUCUGAUGAGCUCGAUGAGUUUAUCCACUUCAACACGUUCUGCAAUAUCGCCUCGCUAAACGGUCUAGAAGACCACGGCAAAGAGCUAGCCGAAGAUGCAAACCUAGUUGACUUGAUGUUCAAGCUAUUGGAUACCUCACAGCCCCAUUUCCAGAAGUUUGCAGACAUCUUACAUAACCGUGAAAUCGCAGAUCAGACCGGGUACUAUGGAGAUUUUCCGUUCUGGGACAUCACGUGGAACAGUCCCCCAAGCACCAGUGGGAUCGCGCCCCUGAUAAGUCUACUAACAUGGAUUGACGGAUUUGAAGACCCAAAGCCAAUUGGAGGUGCCCUUGAGGUUGCAAAGAAAUUCAUGAGAAAGGUGGAUAUCAAAGCGUUAUUGGAAAGCGUCGUGGAUGUCGGAUUUCUCGAAAAAGAAUUUAAAGAGCACUUCCAGUUUCAGUUUCAGGGAUCGAUCGUUGAGUACUUUGCAUGUUUUGGUUACUCAGAGACACACAGGGCAUUUUGGUUUUUGAUGGAGCAUGCGGCUGACUUCAUCAAUCCUUCACAGGCUCUUCUGACUCUUCUCUCCUCGCAUAUUGAAUGCGUUCACCACGACCGCAAUGGUGAUAGUGAAGAAAACUGUCCUUUAGCACGCAUACUCCAGUUAGGAGCGAGCACAAACGUUCCAGGAUACAAAGUCACACCCUUGCAGAUUGCUGUCAACUGUCUGGAUUUGGUGGGUGUCAAAAUUCUGCUCGAGGCGGGAGCAGAUGUGAACGGCAUCGGGGACGGCAAAGGGGUCGAUUGGAAUGAAGGUACUUCUAUGAGCAUUUUCAACCGUCUUCAUGGUAUGCGGCCGCUCGAGAUCGUUCAAGGGGUCGAUUGGAAUGAAAGUACUUCUAUGAGCAUUUUCAAACCUCUUCAUGGUUCGCGGUCGCUCGAGAGCAUUCAAGCGGUCAAGAUAAUGAGCCCCAAUGUGGUUCAAUAUUUCGUGAGUGAAGAAGAAUGGGGAGAAGAAGAAUGGGAAGAAUGCAAAGAGAAGAAGAUCGAACGGAUCCUCGUCCAGUAUGGAGCAACGAGCAACACGCCCGCUACGACGACGGAAUCGGUUCGGAUGGAGGAGGGCUAA